AUGGUGUGGAGCGGUCCGCUUCUGCAUGCGGCAGCUGUACGUUGUGCCGGGCAGCUGCAGCAGCUUGAUGCACAGAAUCUGUGCAACUUUGCGCAAGGCCCAGCCUCGUCAAGUUAUGCAGGCGUUGCCUUGCUACACGCAGCUGCGGAGGAAGCAGUGCCAAAGGUCCUGCAGCCUUCUCCUCAAGAGCCAGCCAACACGAGGUGGUGGCUUGUGGACUCGAGCUCGAUGACCCAGCCGCUCUCGGAUGCGCUCUCUGACGCAGCGCUGCGUGGAGCGAGUCAUCUGCAGGGGCAGGCGCUCUGCUCCUUGGCAGAUGCAAGUCUGCCCUGUCAGGGCCAGCUGCUGCUGCAUCUUCACGCCUUUGUGGACAAAUUCUUCAAGGCCUGGUCUCCAACUGAGACUUGGGACGCCGGGCAUGCAGCUCGCGCCGUGUCGAGCUUUGAAAUCGACAGCUUGGGUCUGCAUGGAAGCAGGAGACUCUGCGACAAGAUUGGAAUUCCAGAGGCCAGCCCUGAGUUCGUUCUUCGGGCAAAGUCCAAGCUCGGUGAAAGAUUGCGAGCGUGCCAGACAGCUCCGCCUGUUCACGGCUGGCGCCGGCCUCGGAUCCUCGCCUACGCUGAAUACACCUUCACAGGAGCCCAGACGAAAAGAGGAAGCCUUCUGUUUGAAAAUGGCCUGCGAGUUGAUGGGUGGGUCGCAGAUUACAGGUGGCUCACACCCACAGAUCUUCCUCUCAGCCGCUGGGUCGACAGGGCUUUGUGUGCCGAGGCGCAGCUUCUUACCUCCCUCUGCCAGCAGCGGGAGCUGGUGAACUUGACCGGCGAGGUCGAACUUUACACGUCUUCCCCUCCCUGCCUGUCGUGUCUGGGCCUCUUCUUCCAGUUCAGGGGGGUGUUUCUCCACGCGACGCUGCGCUUCUCCUGCGGCUUGGUGCGUGCCUGGGAGGCGUGGGUGCCGCUGUGA